AACCUCAGCCACCCAGGAUUGUCAAGAUGAGUGACGGCACCACUUUGGUUCCUCCAGCCUCAAACCAGGGCCCUACCACCCCACGCAAAGGCCCCCCCAAGUUCAAGCAGAGGCAGACUCGACAAUUCAAGAGUAAACCUCCCAAGAAAGGUGUGAGAGGGUUUGGUGAUGACAUUCCAGGCAUGGAGGGGCUAGGAACAGAUAUCACGGUGAUUUGUCCCUGGGAGGCAUUUAGCCACCUGGAAUUGCACGAGCUCGCUCAGUUUGGGAUUAUCUAAAGCACCAGAAAUUCUGCCACUCUCAACAGCCUCUGCCGUUACUUUUGCCCUACUGAUCUGCC